AUGGCUCACCUCUCCGACAAGUCCUCGAAUGUGCGACGAUACUUAUACAGCAAGCAGCAUAUUCCAACCGUCCGGAUCGCCGUCCUCGGAUGUGGGAAUGUGGGCAAGAGAAGUAUACUGCGAAGAUUCUGCUAUGGCAGUCUGAGCGAACGAAGUCCCACGUCCAAGACAGAGCUCGAAUGGCACAAGCAUGCAGCCGUACAAGGACGUGAUGUCCACGUGCAAUUCGACAUGAUGAGUGACGAACCGUCUCGAAUGUCAGAAUUGGAUUUACUGGACUUCUGGAGGUACAACGAGGCGUAUAUGGUGGUCUACGAUGUUACAGAUGAACAGUCUUUCGACGUUGCGGGCCAGCUGUGCGAAGUACGUUCUCAAAUACCACGAGAACACCCUUGGCGCGUGCCCGUCUUCCUCGUGGCGUCGAAGGUUGACCGAUGGAGAGGCGGAUGGGCGGUGCCGCUUGCGAGAGGAGAGGAGCUUGCCAAGCGUGUGGAUGCCACUUUCUUGCCCGUGUCCGCUCUGAGCGGCGAAGGGACGGGUGAUGAGGUGAUCGUGGACAUGGUGGGCAGUGUGCUGUGGAGUCGAUAUCAGAAUGAAAUGGAUUCUCCACCUCGGCCGGGCACGCACGCGGACACUGCGUCUACUUCUGAUGCUGCCACCGAGUGGCCUUUGCCCUCAUCACAACCGCCACCCCGACCUCCAACGAUAUGGCAGCGUACCGGUCCUGGUAUACUACGGCUGCUACACCGAUCGGGGAAACUGCUUGAGUGGUUAAAACCAAAGCAGAACGUCCACCAUUGGACACCACCCACCAAAUACCCAGAGCGGAAAGACUCAUCGGUCGUCUUGGAACCGCCGCCACCCUUACCUACUGAACAAGCCCGAUCACGCUCGCUCACGGAUCUGCGGCGGAACAGAAGCAAAAGCGUGGUUUUUGCCAUCAACAAAACCGAUACUCCUGAGCCACCGCUUCCGCCUGAUACACUCGGCCAUCCAGCCAAACCGUAUCGUCCUAAUAAGAGACGUUCUCGAACUAUGAGUCUGGAAAUGUCGCUCAGUGGAGAGUACUUCCGGCAGGCCCGUGAUCAGACUCCCGUUCAGAAUCCACCUCGUGCGUGCGCGACAUAACAGUACAUGUAUACCUACCUACCUACCUAUACCUUACCUUUGAGACGCCGUGGUGCGGAUGACGAUAUUGGAAAGAAAACCAACCCCAUGAAGCUGGG